AUGGCGAGAAAGGUGGCCGCAUCGGAGAUUCUCCAGCACAACAAGAGGGGCGAUGUAUGGAUUGUUGUUGAUGGACAAGUCUACAACAUGACUGAAUUCGCACCAGAGCACCCCGGCGGGCAAGAGAUUAUAUAUAAAUUCGCCGGAAAAGAUGCCACUGAAGAGUACAGUCGGGUACACUCGCCUUCAUUGAUCCGAGAGACUGUGGGAGACAAAGGCCAUAUCGGGUCCCUCGAUGAAUCCACCAUAACAGAAGACUGGAAAGCUGCCAAUCAGCCCGUAACCCAAACCGCGUUGGUGAAAUCAGGCGAGAAGCCGGCACUCAAUGACAUUUUUAACAUGGACGACUUUGAAAAGGCGGCGCAUAUUGCAUUAUCCGACAAGUCUUGGGCAUACAUCAGAGGAGGAUCGAAUGACAACAUCACACGAGACGCCAACAGUUCCAUGCUUCGCCAGAUCUGGCUGCGCCCGAGGGUACUGCGCAACGUUGGUACUGUGACGACAAGCACGAAGCUAUUCGGAUGUGAGCUUGACAUACCCGUCUUCAUCUCACCUACGGGCGCUGCACGAGCUGGCGGUGCCGAGGGCGAGUUGACGCUGGCUCGAGGGGCGAAUGCGGCGCGAAUCGUGCAUUGUUUCGCGACUCCCUCAUCAUAUACGCAUACCGAGGUUUUAAACGAGACCAAGCGACAGGUCUUCUUCCAGCUAUACGUUGACAAGAACCGUGCCAAAUCUGAAGCUACCAUCCGGACGAUGGAGGCGAGCGGUAAAGUAAAGGCCAUUCUGCUGACGGUUGACGUCCCUGUAAUACCCAAACGAGAAGACGACGAGCGCGUAAAGUCAACAGAGCAGCUGGCAGUAUCGGGAGUUGGGAAGAGUUUUGAAACCAAGACGAGCGACAAAAAGGGCGCCGGUUUUGCGCGCCAAGCAGCGUCGUUUAUCGAUCCGACAACUAGCUGGGACGAUCUCAAGUGGCUACGGAGCAUCACGCAGCUACCCAUUGUUGUCAAAGGCGUACAGACGGCAGCAGAUGCCAUGAUGGCUGCGAAAAUGGGAGUUCAAGGCAUCGUCAUCAGUAACCACGGCGGUCGCGCAGCUGAUACUGCGCCGCCUUCUAUUCUUGUCCUACUAGAGCUGCAGAAGCAGUGUCCCGAGGUAUUCGCCCAGCUUGAAGUGCUCAUUGACGGCGGUUUUCGACGAGGAUCAGACAUUGUCAAAGCUAUUUGCUUGGGCGCAUCUGCGGUGGGGAUGGGUAGGCCGUUUCUCUACUCCCUGAGCUACGGCCAAGAAGGUGUAGAGCAUGCAGCAUGGAUCAUUAAAGAAGAGAUUGAGACGGCUAUGCGUCUGUGUGGCAUGACGGAUUUGAUGAGGGACGCGCAUCCGGAUCUUGUAAACACGAGCAGCCUUGACUUUAUGGUGCCUGGACUUGGACAUCCAUACGCGCGCAAAGUCGACAAAUCAGCUGGGUGGCUUAGUUUGCUACGAUCAAAGCUGUAG